AUGGCUUCACCAAUUACAUGCAAAGCGGCUGUUGCUUGGGGCCCAGCGAAGCCUCUAACAAUAGAGACGGUGAUAGUUGAGCCACCUAAAAAGGGUGAAGUUCGAAUCAAGAUUCUCUUUACCAGCGUAUGUCAUACUGAUCAAUACACUUUGAGCGGAUCCGAUCCAGAAGCCAAAUUUCCGUGUAUUCUAGGCCAUGAAGGUUCAGGAAUCGUAGAGAGUGUCGGCGAAGGCGUAACAUCUGUAGCUAUUGGCGACCCCGUCGUGCCUCUAUACGUUCCCCAAUGUUACGAGUGUAAGUUUUGCAAGCACCCUAAGACAAACUUGUGCGCUAAGAUUCGCGAGACGCAGGGUCAAGGCCUCAUGCCAGAUGGAACAACUAGGUUCUCAUGCAAUGGAAAACCUGUAUUCCAUUACAUGGGUACAUCAACUUUCAGCGAAUAUACAGUGGUGCCCGAGAUUUCUGUCUCAAAGGUGGAUAAGGAUGCUCCUCUGGACCGUGUUUGCUUACUCGGUUGCGGCCUCUCAACUGGUUACGGAGCCGCAUUAAAUACGGCCGAUGUCCAAACCGGCGAAACAGUUGCUAUCUUUGGUCUUGGCGCUGUCGGACUAGCUGUUGCGGCUGGUUGCAAGGAGCGCGGAGCCUCUCGUAUAAUAGGCGUCGACACAAACAAUAGUAAAGAGGGCAAGGCCAAAGAAUUUGGUGUGACUGAGUUUGUCAAUCCCAGCGAUUCCGAUGAGUCUAUCCAAUCAAGACUUGUUAAAAUGACUGAUGGAGGACUAGAUCAUACAUUUGAAUGCAUCGGCAACGUCAAAGUAAUGCGUGCCGCGCUCGAAGCAUGUCACAAAGGCUGGGGUCAGUCCGUAAUCAUUGGAGUGGCUGGCGCCGGCCAAGAGAUCAGCACACGCCCCUUUCAACUGGUAACUGGUCGCGUUUGGAAAGGUUGUGCCUUUGGCGGUUGGAAGAGUCGCGACAGCUUGCCCAAACUUGUAGCAGCUUACAAGAGCGACAAGUUGUGUAUAGAUAAGUUCAUCACUCAUCGUCGCGAUGGAAUUGAGACACUGAACGAGGUGUUUGAUUUGCUUCUUUCUGGCAACUCAUUGAGAUGUAUUAUCAAGUAUUGA